AUGCACAGAGGCCGUGGAGCGGAGCGAGAAGCUGAUCGGCCGGAAAAUAGUGGCUCUGAGCGGGCGCUGUCGCCGGAGCUAGAGGCGACUGCAGAAGAGAUCAAGGCGGCCAAGAAAGCGGAGCAGGAAGACGCCGAACGAGCGUUGUAUGCAUCGGCGCCCAAGAAGGCGCAUCCGUGCGAAGGAUACGUCCGCCUCGACCAGGUCGGUGAAGGUACAUACGGACAAGUCUUCAAGGCCAGAGCGGAGAACACCGGUGUGCUGGUUGCCCUGAAGAAAAUUCGUAUGGAGUCGGAAAAGGACGGGUUUCCUAUCACUGCUUUGCGAGAGAUCAAGAUCCUGCAAGCGCUGCGCCAUCCUAACGUCGUACGCCUGCACGAGAUGAUGGUGUCAAAGGCUUCUGUCUACAUGAUCUUCGAAUAUCUCGAGCACGAUCUGAACGGCGUGUUGGCAAAUCCAGCGAUCGAGUUCAAGCUGCAGCAUAUCAAGUCCUUAGCCAAGCAGAUGCUCGAAGGGUUGGAGUACCUGCACAAGAAAGGCAUUCUGCAUCGGGACCUGAAAGGCUCGAACUUGCUCGUGAACAGCAACGGUCUGCUCAAGCUCGCCGAUUUCGGCCUAGCGCGACUAUACGCCAAGCGGCGGGGCGAAGAUCACACGAACCGCGUAAUCACGCUGUGGUAUCGUCCACUGGAGCUUCUGUAUGGCGCGACGCAGUACGGGGCCGAGGUUGACAUGUGGGGCGCCGGCGCGAUCUUUCUAGAACUCUUUGCGCGUAAACCAAUCUUUCAGGGCAACGACGAGAUCCAUCAGAUCCAAUGCAUCACAGAUAUCCUCGGGCCUUUCACCAGCGAGCGGUGGGCCGACGUCGAUGAGCUGCCGUGGUUUGGGCUCAUUCAGUCUGCUGCGCCAGAGGUCAACGGGAAUGGCCAAAAGUGCGGAAGUGCGGAAGAGAACCUUGCCCGGUUCCGUCGGGUGUUCUCAAAAUGGCUGUCACCUGCUGCGCUUGACCUUGCGCUCGACUUACUGCACUAUGACCCCCAGGGGCGUGCUACUGCUGCCGAAGCUCUCGCCAGUCCUUACUUUACGGAAGAAGAGCCACCUCCCCAAAUUCCGAUCGAGGUCUUCCGAGAGGUACAAGGGGAAUGGCACGAGCUUGAAUCGCGCAAGGCACGCCGCAAGCGGGCCGCUGCCGCGGAGGCUGCGAUCCAGAACGCCAAUGAACACAGCACCAACACCAACAUGAACAACAAUAACGGCGCGUCGGUGCCGGGUCCUGGAGGAGCCAGCGUGGGCCAGGUUAUGGUUGCUGUCGGCGACCGUGACGCAGCGUCAUCAAUACAAUGGACGGACGCGGCAGCAGUACCACUGCCGCUGGUCGUGCCUCCGUCUGCGCCACGACCUGACGACUUGCCCUCCGUGGGCCGAGACUGA